AUGUCAACGUCUCCCGAAUCGCUUACGCAUCUCGAUCGAAUCGGACCAUUGCUAACUCAACUCUCUUCAAGGCAUUGUUUCCGACGAGCAUCAUCACGACUCCUGGGCUCGGCACUCUCCUCUCAAUCUAUAUCGACAGUGAGAUCUCAGUGCAAUAUCACACGCCGCUCUAUCCCUCGUCUCUCCCCGCGGAGCCCACACAUCGCAGCCCUCCAAGUCCGGUGGAACUCAAAUAAAAACGACCCAUCAACAUCAGCGGACCAGAAGGAACACAAAAAUGAAGAUGUAGAGGCUGCAACACAACCCAAGCCUGUGUCUUCCAACCUUGGAGCUCAGCAACAACCCCAUAAGAAGGCAGCGCAAGCCCCCAGGGUCAAAAUCCCUCCCAAUGAAACCGUCUACAUCGGCAAUCUGUUCUACGAUAUCACCGCCGAAGAUCUGCGGAAACAUAUGGAGAAGUACGGCACAGUGCUGAACACGAUGAUCACCCACGAUAAUCGGGGUCUUAGUAAAGGAUUCGGCUACGUCCAGUUUAAUACCAUUGAGGAGGCGACAGCCGCAGUCGAAGGCAUGCACUCCACCAUCCUCGAAGGCCGCCAUGUAGUCGUGCACUACGCCCGCACCCACUUCAACUACAAACGCGCCUCUUACCCACCCACCGAAACGCUCUUCAUCGGCAGCCUACCCCUCGAAAUGACAGAUCGCGAUCUGCAAGACCUUUUUCACGACGUUAAGAACCUGAUCGAUGUCCGGAUUCCUGUCGACCGCCGCUCUGGCAUGCCGCGUGGCUUUGCGCAUGCGGAGUUUCUCAAUACCGAGGCGGCAAUGCAGGCUAUGGAGAUACUGGCGAUGAAGAGACCGUAUGGGCGGAAGUUGGGCGUUAGUUUUGCGGAGAGGAAGAGGGUCGGUAUGAUGAAGCCUAGGCCUGAGCCUGUGGAUCAGGAGCAGGCGAAGGCGGAGGCGGAGGCUAGAAGGAGGGAUAGGGCCCGCAGGGAAGCUGAAGAGGCUGAGGAGGCUGAGAGGGCUUUGGAGGAGGAAAUUGCGUCGGAGAAAGAAGCGAAAUUGGAGGAUGUGACUCCUGUGGAGGGGAAGAAGGUAUAA